AUGUGGGAUCUCCUUAAGACACACGCCAGCGGCAACGCAACGCGUCUUCGAAAUGUCCACGAACUUGAGCGCAACAAUGAAUGCAACUCUGCUGUGUCAAUUCAGAGCCUUGUGCUCAUAGCAGUGGAUCGAUUUGUAGCUGUGGUAUUUCCCCUCCGUUCCCCGCUCUUCAGUUCAAAAUUGUAUCGCUUCUUUAUUCUCGCCACGUGGAUCAUUGCCAUGGCUACAUUCAUCCCGUAUCUGCUCGCGUUCAAGCUGGUCGAAUAUGAUCAUGAGUACAAGUGUGUGCGGCAAUGGAUGCGUGUCUUUGACGAUUCCUCGUCGGUGACAAAAUACUUUAUGGCACUUUUUAUUACAUUUUUUUAUAUUCCCUUCGUUCUGAUGUUUAUUCUAUAUCUUGCGAUUUUUUUGAAACUGAAGUCCCAGAGAGGACCAGGCGAACACUCAAUGAACGCUCAAAUUCAGCGCUUGAGAAGGGAGAGAAAUGCGCUGAAGCUUUCCAUUGCUAUUGUGUUAGGGUUCGCUGUAUGCUGGAUUCCAUUCAGUAUUUUUGCAUUAGUACGUAUGUUUGCAGAUGAAAACAAUGCUACAAUGUCCUGUGGAUUCAAACAGUUAUUAGAGCAAGUUGCUCUGCUACUGAGUCGAACAAAUAGCGCUAUGAACCCCUGCAUCUGUUUUAUUUUCAGUGGAAAUUAUCGCCAAGGUCUUAAGAAUCUCCUCGCUGCUGAGUGAGUUGCCAGGGCUAAUAAAGAUGCAAUGUAA